GUGAAUACAGAUUUGUUAUUGUUGCUUAUAGUUUGCGGUUUUAAUAACUUUAACUAUUACUCAUAAGAAAUCUAUAUUAUUCAAGCAUUUCCCAAGAUAAAAUGUAGUUAAAAUUUUAUAUGUAGAAAAGCAAAAUAGAUCAACAGGCUUAAAAAUGGGUUCACAUCCAAAGAAGAAUACUGCCGAAUGGUUUAUUGAUCAUCUUAAUGUGCAGAAUGCGAAACUUCUGGCAUUUUUUCUUGUUUUAGGAUUUAUCGGCUAUCACGGCAUUCUACAUUUACGAUUUGGUCCGGAUUCCUGUACAUGGCUUUUAUCAUCUGGUCGUUACAAAGGUGACCAUGAGUGGCAGCCUUAUGGUUGCAUGCUGCACAAAUACUCUAAAACUGAUGCCAGGAGAUGUCUUCGAUACUUAGCAUUUUGGGGCAAAUACAACAGUUUUGCUUUCAUUGGUGACUCUCGAUUGGAGCAACUGUAUGAACAUUUUAUCAGUGCCCUCAAAACUCGUCUAGAUGGCACAUCAUUCUCGACCAUAGAACACCAUAUGCCAAACUACACAUAUGUGGACAGCAAACUUAGACUAUCUGUCACAUUUAUAUGGAGUGAUGAUGUCUCUAGAACAAUGGUUGAUAAGUUUAGAGAGUGGCAACACUCAGAACGUCCACCCUCAGUAAUCAUAGCGAGCAGCGGCCUUAAGUUAGUAAGAAAUCGGAAUGUGACAGAGCAAUAUGUUGAUGAAUACAAACGCAACUUGACCAGACUGGUACAACCGAUUGACUCAUUGGCCCAGCAGGGUACCCAAGUUCUAUGGAAGGUGCUGGAAUCUGUUGAUGUCAGCAAACCAAAUGCCAAGAUAAGCAAUAAUGAUAUAGAUGUGUAUAAUCGGGCAGCAGUUGAGAUACUCCAACACAGUGCUGCCAAGAUAUGGAGUGCGCCUCGUCUGAUCGCAGCCGGCGCGCCCUCGGCUGACGCGGACGGUGUUUCGCUCAGCUUAACGGCUCUGCGGCACACCUCGCAGAUCUUGCUCAACAUGUACUGCAACGACCACAUGAACUUCAACGACGGCUCGUGCUGCGCCCAGCCCGAGCCCUGCACUCAGAUACAGGCGCUGACCUUCGCUUUGUUCCUGCUGUGCGCAGUGCUAGCGGUAAUGCGCGCAGUAUGGCGCUGGUCACAGAAGUUCAAGCAUCAACUGAACGGCUACUCAUUAGUGAAGCAACCACCGACCACCACAUCACCAAUAACAGCCCUGGCGAAGCUCGGCAUGAUAAUGCUCUACUUCUAUCUGUGUGACCGGACUAACUUCUUCAUGAAAGAGAACAAGUAUUACUCUGAGUGGAGUUUCUGGCUGCCCGUUGGUUACGUGGUGGCUUUGGGGUUAUUCUUCACGGAUGAAUCUAGAUCUAGCAGCCAUUCCCGUGUUCUACACCGGGAACAAACCAACGAAUGGAAGGGUUGGAUGCAGCUCGUGAUACUCGUGUACCAAGUGACUGGCGCCAGUAAAGUGCUGCCGAUAUAUAUGCUGGUGCGGGCUCUACAGUCCUCCUACCUGUUCCUCACCGGCUACGGCCAUCUCUACUACACCUGGAAGACCGGCGACGUGGGACUCGUCAGAUACUUCCGCGUGAUAUUUCGCCUGAAUUUCUUCACGGUAGUUUUGUGCCUGACGAUGAACCGUCCUUACCAGUUCUACAGCUUCAUACCUCUCGUCUCCUUCUGGUAUACAUUGAUGUUCGCGCUCUUCGCUCUGCCCCCCUACAUCGCGCCCCUCUCCAGCCACACGCAGGAAUCAAAGCCGUACCAGUACCUCAUCAUGGCGCUCAAGGUGAUGGGCCUACUCAUCAUCGUCACCGUGCUCUACAUGAGUGAGGUUUUCUUUCAGAAGGUGUUCGUCACGAGACCAUGGAAGGCACUGUUCGUGAACGCCGACGACGACAUUCAUCAGUGGUGGCUGGAGUGGAAACAGGACAGAUACACGAUAGCGUACGGCAUCAUAUUCGGCGUGGCGUACCUGCUGGCGCAGCGCUACAGCCUGCUGGAUGACAACAACCACAGCAACCUGUUCUCGCGCGGCGGCUCGCUGUGCGCCACGCUACUGGCCUUCAUCGGCAUCGGCUCCUACGUCACCUUCACGUUCCUCUGCACCAACGCCUUCGACUGCAACGAGAUCCACAGCUACGUCAGCUUCCUGCCGGUCUACGGCUACAUCCUGCUGCGGAACAUAAGCGGCGCGCUUCGAACACGACACUCCAGCUUGUUUGCGUGGUUCGGCAACAUCACACUGGAGCUGUUCGCGAGCCAGUCGCACACGUGGCUGGCUGCUGACACGCACGGAGUCCUGGUGCUGGUGCCGGCUGCGCCCGUCCUCAACCUCAUCGUCACGUCCUACAUCUUCGUGUUCGCGGCUCACGAGGUGCACCAGCUCACGGCCGCCAUCUUGCCGUACGCCGUCCCGGACGACUGGCGCCUCGUGCUCAGGAACUUUGCCAUCUUCCUCGCCAUCCUCGUGCCCAUCGGUAUACAUGAUGGUAUGUUUUGAACUUUCAUUGAGUUACUUCGGAGCGUAAGACUAGAACUGUAUGUGCACUCGUUGCAUUUUAAGUGUCUGGAUGAAGUGUUUGUCUAUUUUUUGAAACAAUUAACAAUGGGUAUCGAACGUUCUACAGCUAAGUUACAUUAAAAUAAGACUUCUGUGCUAUUCACUACUCACCCUAGAACGGGAUUCAUCCAACACACACAUAAUUUAUUACGUAACUCUUAAUUUUAAAAAUCAUUUAUAUUGAACAACGCGUAAAAAUCAACUACACGGCGUCAUAUGCGUGCCUGCUCACUCAUGAACCGUCUCACUCCCUUCUAUUAUUGGCCACUACUAUAAGUUGUAGUAAUGUUCCGUUACAAACUAUCAAGUUAUGUAUUUUGUUAUGAAUUCUUGAAUCAUAUUGACACUGUUGUGAAUGUAAAUUGAUUGAAUCAUUCGCUUGUUUCGCUCAUUCUGUCAUAUACUCGUAUUAAAAUAUUACUAAGUAUAAUCGAUGAUGAAGAUCACACCCGGGUGAUGUGAGAAACUGUGUGUGCACAAAGUUGUGUCGUAAAAAGAUGAACAAACCGCCAGGAACGUAUUGAAAUAAAUACGUCGUUAUAAAAUUAAUAACAAAUUUUCGAUAAUUUUAGAGUUUAGACGAUUAAUUCAAUUCGGAUGAACGUCUCGUUUCUAUGAUUUUUACUUAAGUGUGCAAAAUCCUAUUGGCAGCGCAUCUUAUUACGACGUGUGGGUAUUUUAACAUUUUCAUAAACAUUACUAUAUGUAAGUAAUUAAUUAAAAUUAAGAAUAUAUCUUUGGAAAGCAAAUGGCUAUCAGGCCUGGGGAAAAUCAUCUCACUUGCGGUCUGAAAAGCAUGUUAAAACUACCCACAUUAUCAAAUUAAUAUUAUACAAACAUUUUAGUUAUACUUGUCCUAUUCCGCCAAAUACCAAUUAGAAGGAUUGUCGUUUAUACGGUAUGUAAUUGUCAUUAUUAUUAUAUAAGUUUGUAUUACAUAUAAAUAUUAGUUGCUAUAUAUAUAUUUAGUUAUAUAUACACGAUUGUGUAAACAUUGUUUUUAAAUAAUAGUUGCAUUGUGAUAAAUUUUCAUAAUUAGCUAUUAAAAAAUAAUUAUAGAGUUACUGCACUAUCAAAUAUGCAAGUUUGUUUCUUUUGUAAUACUUUAUUUUUGUAUAAAUGAUACUAGUCGUAGUAGUAACAAAAUAUAUUAAGUCCUAACACGCUGUCAAAGUCAAAAGUUAUUCAAAUAUACUCUUCUAUAUGUUUGGAAAAGUAUAGCUCGUGAGAUGAACAUACAGAAACUCAACGGCCUCUCUUUUAAAUUAAUUUGAUUGUUUUACAAUAGCUGUAAUAUAUAACAUUUUAGUUUGUAAGGUGCUGAAUCCAAUAUAUCAAUAUAUUAGGAAUGGAGCGACCUUUAUUUUUAUUAUAAAAUUUAAAAUUUUAAUUUUAUUGCAUCGAAUAUUUAUAAAAAAAGGAAGCCCGCUGAGUUUCUUGCGCCCGUAAUUCUCAGGGCUGAGGCAUAAAUUUCCAAAUGUGUGGUAGUUUUUGACUUUUUAAUAUCCUUUUUUGAAUAAAAAUACUUAAAUUUCAAUUUUGAAAAAUAAAAGUUCCGAACAAAUUCCUUAGGAUAAGCUUUUGCUGUCCCCACUCCCUAGACGUAAAAUUCCGUUGUUUUUUGCAGCGUAGUAUUAAAAUAUACGGACUACGAAAUAUAUUAACCCCCUUAUUCAUAAUAGUCUGCUAACUUAAAGCAUUGCUAAUUCUCACUCUGUCUUCUUCUAUUGACCUAAGUCAGAAUGAGAAAAGCACUCCUAAGCGGCUGUUUAAAGUUAGCGGACCAUUAUAAUAAGGGGGUUAUUGUCUAUAAAUGAUUGUGAUUAGGUUAAAACAAGAAGAAACUGACCAUAAUAAUAGUAAUUAUAAUAUUUGUUCCUUGUUUCUUGAAAUCCUUAGAAAGCACAUAAUGAUACCAUUGUAUCGAGCAUAAAAAAGCUAGAAUAGUGAUUUCUUUCAUAGACGCUAGUUUAUCAUAUAAAUAAAACACUUUUAAAGGAUUAAAACGCUUGGAGAUCUGGAAAGGUUUAGAGAACUUUCCAGGUUGUCACUGACAUUAAUUAUGACAUUCGUUUUAAUCCUUUAAAAGUGUUUUAUUUACAAAGCCGAUAUGAUAUUCUAAUUACAAGUAAAUAAAAGUAUAAUAGAUUUAUUACGAAAAACAUAAGAUUAAUUCAUACAUCUAGAUAGUCUCUUGCUGUUAGACAACUGAUAAAAACAGGCCAGGCUUAAUACUUUGAGUGACAAGCUACGUCUUACAAUUUCAUUUUUUCACAAAUCCCAUGGAUCUUUUCGGUAUAAAAUGUAUGCCUAUGUCCUUACCCAAGCUAUAGUCUCAUCGCUGUACCAAAUUUCAUCAAGAUCGGUUCAGUAGCUCCGGCGUAAAAGCGUAACAAACAAACUUACAUUCACAUUAAUAAUAUUAGUAGGGAUAAUAUAUAAAUAAUAGUGCCUACGUUAGCUGGUGACCGUUGCUUUACCUAAACAAAUGCAUGAAUACAAAAUUACAUAUUAUCAUAAUUUAAAAUCUUUUUUGUUAAUUGAGAAAUUUGUAGAAGUUCAUUUAUAACAAUGAUUAUUUAAUUUUACCCUGUUCUUAUAAUGAAAUAAUAUCAUAACAGACCUGUCAAAUUCGUACGUCAAAAAUUUGUCUUGUAAAUUCAUAGUAAUUACAUCCUCUGUGGUAAAAUGGUUCAUACAGAAAUUAAAUUUGAAUUUAAAAAAUAUAAUUCAAAUUUCAUAUUCGGCGCCUUUUUCUGCCGUGAAACAGUAAUGUGGAAGUAUUAUUGUGUUUUGGUCUGAAGGUCGCUGUAGCUAGAUAUAUUACUGAGCAAUUUAGACUUAACAUCUUAUAACCCAAGGUGACGAGCGCAAUUGUAGUGCCGCUGAGAAUUUUUGAGGUUUCUUAAGAAUCCCAAGCGUCACUGCCUUGUAAUAGGCAGGGCGUAUCUAUUACCAUCAAUUGAAUGUCUUGCUCGUCUCGUCCCUUAUUUUCAUAACAAAAAAGUUACUAAAAUCGGUUCAGUAGUUUAGUAGUUCAUCGCACACCAACGUUGCAGAAAUUUUUUAUAUAUAAAGAUUUUUAUAUUUUUAUUGAUUUUAUGUGUUACUAUUUAAAUUAAAUUUAAUACUAGAAGUUACCUAAUGCUAAAACAAUAAUAUUUUGGCCAUAAAUAUUUUGAUUUACAUUAAAUUUUUAUUAGCUUUAUUGUAAAUGUAUGUACAUAGUCGCCUGUGAUAUAAAUGUAAAUAUUUUUUUAAUUAUUACAAUAAUGUAGAUUGUAAAGAAAUAAAUUAUUAUAAAAUA